CCUAUUCGAUGAGUCAGUCUUCCGCGACGUCUACAAAGUGUUUUCAUUUCGUGUCUUCUUUUUUUGACCUUUGAAAGGCAGUCUGAGUCCGGACUGAAUCAUGGUUUGUCUGGUGACUGAGUUUUAUUGACACUGUAAGAUAUAUAUUUUACAUGUUAAUUUUGGAAACGUGAGGUUUUGUGGAUUUCAGCCAUGGUGUAUCGAGCAGCAUUAGACAGGCUGUACUGAUGGCUGUCAUCUUAAUACUGGAGCUGAUCCAUAGACAGGAACAUCUGCUGGGGCACUCUGACCGCACUCAUGGUUCCCUCUACAGGACCCGGUCCGGCUGCAGCAGUGGCUGAGGAACAUGGGACGUGAGAACUGGACUCCGUCUCGACACCAAUACAUUUGCCACGAACAUUUUGCACCUUUGUGCUUUAAGGUGCGAUGGGGGAUCCGUUACCUUGAGAGCGAUGCUGUGCCCACAGUCUUCCAGGAGGCCGAGAAACGGAAAGCCACGGAUCACAGUGAAAAGAAGCCAAAACGGCUUCGAGCUAACAGUUAUCAAAGCAUAGCGGAGUCGGAUGACAGGGUGGUGGCUGCUGACGCUGUAGAGAUGGAAAGUACGUUGCAUACGGUGCACCUGUAUGAGAUCACUGUCGACCCAUCGCAGCAGGGAGAAACCAGCCUGGUGGAUUCAAGUGAUGUUGUAGAAUCUGCCUGUUCUCUCCAGACAGACCUGAACCCGCUGGCAUCAGGGGAAGGAUUCGAAAUGGAAGCAAAUUUCCCUUUAACUUUAUUCCAGACAGUCGAUGAUCUAAGUAACAGUGGAGAGAACACAGAGGUGGUGGUGAUGUCUGAAUGCCCUGCUGGUGAAGGGCAAGAUGAGCUUGUGAAUGGAAUCACUGCUGCCAUUUUAACUCAGGGCCGCGGGCUGGUCAUGAAUGACUUCACACUUGGUUGUACAGAUGAGGCUGUGGCCUCUUUCGGUGUUGAAGAUUGUACUUGUACCGCGGAGGAGUUCUCAGACGUCCACGAAGGCCAUGAAACUCAAGUCAUCACCUACUUCGAGACCAUACCAAACGUUUUCCCCAGUGAAACCCCUGCCCAGUUCACAUUCUCCCCGGAUACAGUGCUGUCGUCCGCUCUGAGCUCCAAGCCCAUCUCAUCUACUCUGCCUAUAGUGUCUAAACACAUGCCACCUUCCCCCACAUCCCUGGUCCUCACUGUGGAAAGGCUGGAUACAGAGGAGGGAGAGGGAGACGAUGGCCAGUCGGAGGACGGCAUCGAACGGCAGGAUCACCAGCUGGAGGAGCACUGUUACCAUAAGAAUAGUUUGAGUAAGGAGCAGCUGGAGGCAAUUGUGGCUGAGCUGCAGAAGAAGGUGAAAGUUCUGCAGCAGCGACACCGGCGACAUCUGGAGAAACUUCUGGGACUGGAGAACACAGUCAGCCAGCUGAGACAAAGCAACCUGCUGAAUGAAGAGCGACUACAGCUGCUUGAGAGGGCUUACAUACAGACCAGUGCAGCAGUGUCAGAGGCUGGUGAGACUGUGGCCAUCAUCUAUGAAGAGGAUGACGCUGUGUACUUUUAUACUCCACUGAACAACACAGACGAAAAGCUGUGAGGCCCGAUUGAAUGCGGAUGUCCCACCUGUCUGCGCACCGUGCCAAAAAGUGACGUGGCUAAUGCUGUUGAAAACAAAAUGCUACCUAAUUGUGCUCUUUUGUUUUCCUUUAACAAAAUGAGAUCUGUGUAUGAAAUGUGGCAGUGCUGUUGGAUCUACUGUGAGCUUUGCACAAAUCUGGAGGAGUAAUAUGGGACAAUGUUGAAUGUGGUUUUUAAGGUUUACACCCUCUACCCCCCCUCUACCACUUUUUGUUUGAGUAUUUUUGUUGGUGAUGAUUAACAUAUCAAAUAAAAAAUCACUUCCA